AUGAGAAUAUGGUUAAAGGACAAAAAGAGAGGUCUCAAAUCAAUUAUCUGGAGUGACACACAGGUGAAAGUGUUGUUGGAGGAAGUUGCAAGGAAAUCAUUAAGAAGGAAUUCGAGGAUGAACUUAAGGCAAAAGAUGUCAGGAGAGUCGUCCACAGAAACGGAUAUAAAUUAUAAAGAGGAUAACGAGAAAGAGAUGGAUAAAAAAGCAAAUGAGGUGAUGUAUAUUGAAUCCAUCUUGUUGCCAUUCUCUAUUCCAAUGUUGGAUGAAAUGUAUAAAAUCAAAUUGAAAGAUAUCGACGAUAUGGAUAGCGGUGAAUCAAAAGUUUUGGUCAAAUAG